GGUAGUUGCCACGGCUUCACGACAGCUACCUCGACUUUGCGCCAGAUAGUUGGCGUUUUAUUUCCCAAAUAUGUGAUAUGUUUGUUUUAUAAUUUGCCAAUAUGUGACAAUACAAUACUGCCUUUAAAAGUACUAGUGUUGGUAGUUAUUUUAUUAAUAAAAAGCCAAUAAGUGAUACAACGGCUUCCCAUUUUAGUGCAGCUAAGCGAAUAUGGACUAAGAUCACUUUACAAUCUCUACUUCGAGAACUAAUCAAUUUGUAUGUGAUUGGAGAUACAGUUCUUCUGAAUAUAGUAACACACGUGUCUGUUUUUUUGCUCGUCUUGCAUGUACUGCUGUAUGAGUCAUGCCUAUGACCUCACACGUGAUUGGACGAGGAGUCUAAGGGUCCUCCAAUCACAUACGAGGUUAUUGUUAUACGGAAAGACUCGCGAGGCCAGCUGAGCUCGCGUAUAAAGACCGGUGUGCCUGCCUAUGCUGUGAGUUGAAAGAUGGAAGUCCUAACACCGAAGAAAAGACCGCGGCGCUACUGUGAACAUUGCAACGCUGAACUCUGUCAUACGCAGUAUUUUGACCACAGAAAGCGCUAUUUCAAAAAUGGAGUUUGGGAGAAAAAGCCCAAAAGGACGAGGUCAGAACACGCACAGAGCCUGUUGCUAUCCAGCCACGAGCCAACCGGCGGGAGUUAUGUUCAACCUGGAGUUGGAGAGAUUGAUGAAGGCGAAAUCAAGUCCGAAGACCAGGAAAAAGAAGUGACGGAAGAACACGGAGAAAUGCGGCCAGCGACUGGCGGUUCAGACAACGGCGAGCACCACAAUCAUGAAUCAGCAGAUGACCAAAGCAUUAAUCUUUUCCUGGACUCCUGUAAUCCCGAGUCAGUGCAAGAUAAUCAAGACCUCUCCUGUUAUGUGGCUGCGUCUGUGAAAAAAGAGGAGGAAAGCCUUGAUGAGGAGCAGAGUCAAGUCUAUCCUCAGAUACAAGAUUGGAGGGGGAAUGGAAGUGAUCAGUCCAUAAGUGUAAAACCAGAAGACUUGUUCAACUCGCCUUCAACUCCUCUCCACGGUCAGCAACUUUUGGCCAGUCCGCAGACAGACGAGAAGAAGCUGCUGAAUGCGCUCAGUGGAUUGUCUCGUCAACUCCAACAACAAACCGCCGAUAUCAACGAGCGGUUCGCUCAACUGGAGAGUUCGGUACUCUCCAGGUUGCUGUCCAUAGAGGAGAGGUUGGCGGCUCUGGAGUCGCACAACUGCGCGGGAGGAACUGACUCCAAGAAGAAGAGACGGGCGCACAAUCCCAAGAUAGCGGAAGCGGUGCGCCGUCUUCACAACUCCGAGACAAAUAACAGGCGCUACGCACCGGAGCAAGGACUAACCUCGCCUCAUAAUGAGGCGGUGACCUCGUAUUUGCUCCGGGAAAUAUCUGCAAGUCCAGAUUUCGAUUUAGAUCAAGACGUCAUUGUGUCCGCCUGUAAGACUUAUUUUGAGACGGUACGCAGGAGCUUCAGGUUUUCCCAGCCGGAACACUCAUUGCGGGCGGAAGCUGCGAAGGAUUCAGCGCGGAGUCGAGCGAGAAGAAAGAGGCUGCUGGAAUCGAGACAAAGUGUGCUGGCUGAUGACGAGGUGGAACUCUGGAAAUCCGCCACCGUAGAGCUCAUGUCUGAUGAAGAGGAUGGCGUAGUUGGCGGGGUCUCUGGGUGGAUUGUACGGUCGCCGCCAUUUCGUAGUCCUGAGCUCUCGGAACUGUGUGCAAAGCUGCAGUCCCGGUUAGAGGCGACUCAGAAAUACAGAGCCACACACACUAGGCGCCUGCACAACAGACCUGCCUCGGAAAAGAGAGAGGGCUAGCGCAAAUCGCGGCACCGGCAACUCGCUGAGGCACUUUCCGGCGAAUCGUGGCAGCUGCCUCGCCUGUUGCCUCGGCUGAGUGAGGUACCACCUCUUUAUAGCACGUGUAUAUAGUACCUUCCUCUUUUUUCCUUUCCACCCCUUUCUUGUAAUUUACACACAUUCGCACCCCCCCUUCACUUACAGACACACACACUUAAUUACACCUGCUCAUUCGUUCCCAGCUGCUUCUCCUCUCUUCCUGCUUCCUCUAAUUAGACACUAUUUCUAGCCUCCCUCUUGCCCUUGUUCUCCGCCAGAGCAUUACCUGUGCACCCGACGUACCUGAGCUCGCUGUCCUGUAUCGCCUGCCUUGUUGUGUCCUGGCGGGUCGUGCUGAACUAUUAUUGUCCCGUUGCUAACCUCUGCUUUACACAGCCUCCUGUUUGACAUGAGCUGCCUGCUGUCUGGUGCGCUCUCCCUCGGCCUGGACCUCGUUCUGUUCACUGGGAUUCACUGUUGCCGGCCAAACGCCCGUAUUCUUCUGUUUGUGUGUUUGUGUUCAUUAAAACACUUUACGUUC